AUGGCUUUGUACUACAAUAUGGUCUUUGGCUUGCUUGUGGUGGAGAUGCUCUUCUUCACCAUCUUGUCGUUGCCUUUCCCCAGACGAGUGAGAAGAACCGUCUUGGCCACCGUCUCCAAGCCAUUCACCUCAGAACAUGUCCAGAUCAUUACUAAAUGUAUCUUUGGGUUUGUUGCAGUUCUUUUUAUUGACUCUGUUAACAGAGUCUACACUGUCACUUACGAGUUGCUGAAUGCUGGUGGCGAGCAUGGAAUGGUUGACAGAUCUGAGAUCAGGGCAAGAAAGUUCUACGCCCAGAGAAACAUGUACCUUUGUGGUUUUGCGUUGUUUUUGACUCUUCUUACCACCAGAGCUUACUCGUUGGUGGCUGAGCUUGUGUUCACUAAGGAUAAGGUGGAUGACUACAAGAAGGAGCACGGUGAGAUCACUCCAGCCACCGGUGACAGUGACGAGAUUGUUCAAUUGAAGAAAGAGUUGGCUUCUAAGGAUGAAGAAUUGACCAACUUGAAGGAACAAGCCGAGGGCUUGUCUAAGGAUUACACGAACGCUUCUGACUUGGCUGACACCAAUGCUGCCGACUUGGCCAAGGAGACCACUGGCAUUUCUGGCUCAGCUAUCGAGACGGCUGCCGACAACGGCACCAGGGCUUCUGUUUCAGGUUUCAAAAAGGAGUAG